AUGGUCAAAUCAAUUAUUGCCCCAUCCAUCUUAGCAAGUGAUUUUUCAAACUUGGGAUGUGAAUGUCAUAAAGUAUUAGGUGCCAAAGCUGACUGGCUACAUAUAGAUGUUAUGGAUGGACAUUUUGUUCCAAAUAUUACAUUAGGUCCUCCAAUUGUUGAUAGUUUAAGAAAAACCAUACCAAGGGGUGAUGGUGUUACAAAGCCAAAAGCCUUCUUUGAUUGUCAUAUGAUGGUUGCUGAACCUGAAAAAUGGGUUGAAGAAUUUGUUAAAGUUGGUGCUGAUCAAUUUACUUUCCAUUAUGAAGCUACAAAAGAUCCAUUAGGACUAGUUAAAUUGAUUAAAAGUCAUGGUAUUAGAGCUGCUUGUGCUAUCAAACCAGGUACUCCUGUUGAUGUUUUGUUUGAAUUAGCUCCAUAUUUAGAUAUGGCCUUAGUUAUGACUGUUGAACCUGGUUUUGGUGGUCAAAAAUUCAUGGCUGAUAUGAUGCCAAAAGUUCAAACACUUAGAGAAAAGUUCCCAAAUUUGGAUAUUCAAGUUGAUGGUGGUUUAGGUAAAGCUACUAUUCCAGCUGCUGCAGAAGCCGGUGCAAAUGUUAUCGUUGCUGGUACUUCUGUCUUUACUGCUGAAGACCCAGCUGAAACUAUCAAGUUUUUAAGAGAUGCUGUUGAUGUUCAAUUAAAAGCUAGAGGAUUAGAUAAAUGA